AUGGACACAAAAUCUGAGGUCUUGGAAGAACUGCGUCUCUACCAGCAAACUCUCCUCCAGGACGGACUCAAAGACAUGUUGGACCACAAUAAGUUUCUGGACUGUGUCUUGAAAGUCAAGGGGAAGGAGUUUCCCUGCCAUCGGCUGGUGCUGGCAGCUUGCAGCCCAUAUUUCCGAGCGAUGUUCCUCUCGGACAAGGAAGAGAGCAAGAAGAGGGAGGUCAGUUUGGAAGAUGUUGAUCCAGAUGUCAUGGGCAAGAUCCUCCAUUAUAUCUACACCUCCGAGCUGGAGAUCACAGAGCAGAAUGUGCAGGACAUCUUCUCUGUGGCCAACAUGUUCCAGAUCCCUUCCAUCUUCACCGUCUGCGUGUCCUUCUUGCAGAAGCGGCUCUGCCUCAGCAACUGCUUGGCUAUCUUCAGGCUGGGCUUGAUGCUGGAUUGUGCCCGGCUGGCCGUGGCAGCUCGGGAUUUCAUUUGCGAUCGCUUUGCGCUGGUCUCUCGGGACGAGGAGUUCUACCAGCUUUCACCCGAUGAGCUUAUUGCAAUCAUCUCCAGUGACUCCCUCAACAUUGAGAAAGAGGAGACUGUCUUCGAAGUGGUGAUGAAGUGGGUGGGGACCAAGGACCAUGAGAGCCGGCAGAAGGCCUUGCCUGUCAUCUUUGAAAGCAUCCGCUUCCGCCUCAUGCCCAACGACUACAUCAAGGACCACGUGGAGAAGCACGCCAUGGUGAAGUCCAGCCCGGAGCUGCUCAAGAAGCUGCAGAUGGUGAAGGAUGCCCAGAAAGGUAAAUUCACCGUGGUGAAGAAGAAGAAAGUGAAGAAAAGCAGUGAAAAGCAAGAGAAAGACAAUGUUGUCAAUGGAGCAGUAGAUGAGGAGGAAGAUACAGAGGAGGCUUUCCCAGGGAUCUUAAAUGACACAAUGCGCUUUGGGAUGUUCCUCCAGGACCUUAUUUUCAUGGUGAGCGACAGUGGAGCAGUGGCCUAUGAUCCCACUGCCAACGAGUGCUAUUUUGCCUCCCUGUCUACUCAAAUCCCAAAGAACCACAUCAGUCUGGUGACCAAAGAGAAUCAGAUUUUCAUUGUCGGGGGACUGUACUACAACGAGGACAGCAAAGAGGAUCCCAUGAGUUCCUACUUCCUACAGUACGACCAUCUGGAUGCAGACUGGCUGGGGAUGCCCCCCCUGCCAUCCCCUCGCUGCCUCUUCGGCCUGGGAGAGGCGGAAAACUCCAUUUUUGUGGUUGGAGGGAAAGAACUGAAAGAGGGAGAAAAGACCCUGGAUUCGGUCCUGUGCUACGACCGGCUGUCCUUCAAGUGGGGUGAAGCAGAUUCCCUUCCCUACGCAGUCUAUGGCCACGCGGUGGUAUCGCACAAGGACCUUGUCUACAUCAUUGGCGGCAAAGGAAGCGACAAGAAGUGUCUGAAGAAGAUGUGUGUCUAUAACCCAUCCAAGUUUGAGUGGAAGGAGCUGGCGCCCAUGAAAACUGCCCGGUCCCUGUUUGGAGCCACUGUGCACAAGGACAAAAUCUACGUGGCUGCUGGUGUGACCGACUCCGGCUUGACCAACUCGGUGGAAGUGUAUGACAUUGCCACCAACAAGUGGGACACUUUCACUGAGUUCCCACAGGAGCGCAGCUCUGUCAGCCUGGUGAGCUUGGCUGGGGUGCUCUACCUGCUUGGAGGGUUCGCCACGGUGGAGACGGAGUCAGGAGAGCUGGUGCCAACGGAGCUGAAUGACGUUUGGAGAUAUGAUGAAGAACAGAAGAAGUGGGAAGGGGUCCUCCGGGAGAUCCAGUACGCCUCCGGUGCCACUUUCCUUCCUGUGCGCCUCAAUGUUUUACGCCUAACAAAGAUGUAG